AUGUCAGCUCCACCCCACAAGAAAGCUCGCAUUGAGGCUUCUAUUGCUUCCCUUCCUUCUACUACUACUGCUGCUUCGACUGCUGUCGCUGCACCCGCCGCUGGAUUUGCAGCUUCGUCGUCUUCGAGCAUGGGAGCUGGACAGACCUCGUCGUCGGCAGCGUCGGCAGCGUCGUCGUACGCGACUCGGAGCCGAACCAAGGUCGCUGCUUCACCUGAUAUUGACUUGACCAUGAACGAGGACGAGGAUGAUUUGGAGAAUGCGGGUGCGAACGAUAAUGAUAAUGAUGAUGAUGAGGAACUAUUCGAAUACGAGUCGUACGACGAGCAGGAGCACGAUAUUGCCGUCGCGAAGGCUUCUGCGUCACGCUUAAAGCCGAAAGCUCAAGACGAACACGAGCAAGACGACGACGACGAUGAGGAUGGAAACGUUGGCUUUGAGUCGGAAGAUGAGACAACAACUGUUCAUGGACCUCGGCCCAUCAUCGACUCGAUCACGCUCAGUGACUCGGCAGAGGAGGAGUUCCAGAUCAGUACCCCACCUGAGCCCAAGGCCGGCAGCAGCAGUUGUACCGAACCACUCAACGGCGCAGCUCCCGGAACUCCCAACGUCGUCGGUGGAGGCAAGGGCAAGAUGUCUUCGAGGAGGCAGUGGCAGGCUGAUGCGCAGGCUAUGGUUAAGAAGUUUGGCGCCAAAGAUGGGGAUGCUAUUACGAGUGAGUUGCCACAAGGCUCCACUCGGCCCGAACGGACGAUCAUCCAAGCUGAGUUGGGUCUUUGGGACACGAACAGACUUUCGCAAGGACGAGGACAUGGUGCAGUUCACGCUCGCACAUGCGGGGAACAAACUCCGCUUCGUCAUCAUGUUCCCUGAACUGGGAGGGUAUCCUCGCUCGCAUCAGUGCGUUUGCUAUAGCGAAAACGAGGCGAUCGAGGGCGAGAUUGAGCAGGUCAUGUCCGAAAUAGCAAAGUGAGUACAAGGAUCGUAUGGACGUGCCCCUAGAAGAUAGUGCUAGAACCAAGUCCUCCUCGGCAAACAGUCUUCCAUCUCAAGCCGAUCGAUCCAUCGCGGGUCUGAUCGAAUACCUCGUCGGUCGAAUCGUCCAUGGCCAGCCAUCACCGUAUGCCGACCUCUCGCAGACCCAACACGAUACCGAUACCGAGGACGAAGACAUGGACGACUACAUCGAGGAUGACGACAUCUUCCCGAACGGCCCUGGAUUCGGACCUCGAUCGGCGUUGCGGGUGGCCCUGCGCAAGGACUUUAGGGAGUUGCUCGCUCAAGGCUACCGACCCGGGUUCACGCGACUGUCGGAGUUCGACAAUGUCGUGUCCGUGUCCAAGAAGGUCAACGAGCUCGGUGUUCCCGUCGGAGCGUUGCAGGCUUGGGACUCGGAACUGAUCACGGGCAAGGUCGUUUACCUCGUCCUGCUCAUCAAAUUUGGGUGCAAGUACCCCAUCGACGCCGACAAUGCGACGCGCGGGCAGGUGCAGUUCAAGGUCGCCAUCGCACCAACGUACAAGCCUUCCAAGGCGUCUAUCGCGACCGCAUUCAGUAUACGUGGUAGCUCUGAUACGUUGAGACGUGGGUUUACUCUCUUAUCAGCGAGCUGAAGUAUCGUUCACCUGCUGACCGGUCUAUGAUGCUCACACAGAGGGCGAUAUGCAAGCCAUCUCGCUCAGCGCCCCGCUCGAUGCGCUCUUCAAGGAGAAGUUCCAGGAGAUUCUCUUGACGAGGCGUCAACAACCCAAAUGUGGAUGGGCUGCCGCUGAGCAUCAUUGCAUGGCUGAUAACCCGCAUGGCAAGGCUUACGAUAGUAAAGCUGGUCGAGCGGCCGAUAAGGCAGAGGCAGAGCUUGCUACGUCGGGGUCGUACAAUGUGGGUAUUCCAGGGGGAGGAGGAGAAACUCGAACGGUUGAACUAUGCAACUGAUAGUGAUGGGGUUUGAACAGCUUCCCGUCGAUCCCAUGGCGAAGGAUGUGACGGACAACUACCCAUGGCUGGCGAUGGCUUACCUCGUUCGUCGCUUCGUGAUGUGCCCCCGAUUUUGCCUCAUCUGCUUUAAGUGAGUGCCAUGAAGGGUGUCGGGAAGCGACAGUCAGUUGAUGCGCCUCCUUUGGCUCCGACUUCCCAGGGAGGUGAACCACAAAUUUAGCGCGCUCAAGCCCUUCGUUUGCAGCUCUUCGUUGUGCCUCUACCAGCUCAUUUCGCUCGGUCUCGGACCUUCGCUCGAGCACGAGAUUCGCACGAAUGGACCCGCAGUCGAUCUGCUCAUCCAGCUCGCUUACACCGCCGCCAAGGACGACGUACUCAAGGGCGAAUACCAACCUAUCGGUAUCGCUCUGCAGGUGCCGGUGACGACGCAUCAUGCGGACGGGACGUCGACGACGGUCUACAGAGAUUACGAUCAGCUUGGUGAUGCAGACAAGUGCUUGGGAGUCACGGGACUGAUCUCUGACUUGCCUUCAGUCGUGAGUCACCCUGUGUCGAUGUGUUUGCGGUAUAGCCGUCGCUGACCUCGUUCGAGGUACAUCCUCGUGGGCCGCAGACCGAGAUGAAGAACUGGCUCGAAGGCGAGGGGAUGACGGACGAAGAUCGUAUGCUGCGCCGUGUGCGCAAGCUGACCGAUCUACGCUCCGAUGUGAUCAACCCCUCGUGUUGGAGACUGCUUCGGUGAGAUCGGGUUGACUCAUUGCAGGCGGGGGGUUGCUGACUUGUGUACCUUGUGUGUCGCAGCUGGAUCGUUGCUUCCAACACGAGUUACCUCAAGGCUAUCGAUGAAGAUGACGAGCUCGUGCAGCAGGUCCCCAAAGAAUAUCGUCAGUUCCGCCUCGUGGUCGGGUCUCCGGCCAAGGAGCACGUCUUUUCCGAGAGCGUGAAGGACGCCAAGGCCAAGGAUGCGAAUGCAGCUAGGUACCCGACCCUGUUCGCCUGGCAUGGCUCGUCGGUCAAAAAUUGGCAUACGAUGUGAGUGACCGUAUCGAGUGAAGCUCAUCUAGUUCUGCGAGUUUCGUUGACGAAGCGACCAUCACAGCCUUCGCGAGGGCCUUCAUUUCCGACAGACCAUUAACGGUCGCGCGUACGGCAACGGUCAGUACAGUUCGCAAAUCUGUCUCUCGUGCUUCUCUUGGUGCUGAAGUGCUUUCCUUGAUACCUAUAGGUGUUUACUUUGCCAAAGACGGGGAAAUUUCUCUCGGCCACUACGCUACCCCGGCAACCUACACGUGGAAGAACGCCGAGUACCCCGUCGCCAAGCUCGCCGCGCUUUGCGAGAUUGUCAACUUGCCCCAUUCUUUCGUGUAGGUUGCAUUCCGAUUUUAUUUCAUUGAGUCUAGGAAAGUGAAAGCUUCUGGGCUAAUGUUUGUUAGAGACUCCUGCAGGUCGCAAAAGCCGUAUUUCGUGGUCAACCAAGUCGACUGGAUCCAGUGCCGCUACCUCGUCGUUGAGCGCACGGUCGCCCCAAGUACCGCUGGCAGCGACGUCAAAGAUCCGAAAGCCGUCACGACCGGGGUGGUGCACGAAGUUGAACUUGACCCCGCCCAUCCCAUCACUUUGGGUCACAAGAAGAUCGGGGUUCCUGACCUCAUGCCCAAGCUGGAAGCGAUUAGUCGUCGUAUCGAUGGCGAUGUCGAGGAGUUGUGAGUCUCGGUACUAGUGCGCUAGUUCCUCCGCCCUUCCGCGGUGUCUGAAUCGAUGGCUUCUGGGUGCAGGAACCUUUCGGACGUCGAGAUACUACGCGAGCCCUCGUCUGUUGUCGACGUUUCCACCACGAGUCAACCCAGAUCGUCCCGAGCGGCCACUCGCAAAGGGUCGGCAGCGCAGGUCAAAGCUAGUAGUCCCCGCAAGAGCAAGGAGUCGACCAGCAUGACCGAUGCUACAGCAGCCGCGACGACUUCGAUCUCAGCCGACCCUGAGGACGAUCCCUUCGAGCCCGCCGAUGAUGACCGAUUGGCAUUGGUGCGAUUACUCCCUCCACCAAAGAACCCGAGUCGAUCGGCCAUGUCGACGAUCCAAAAGGAGAUGAAGGCGAUGCUCAAGGUCCAGAAGGAGAAGGGACCCACCGCGGCGGGAUUCUACUUUGAUCCGGAGCGCAGCAACGAUAACAUGUUCGCGUGGGUCAUCGAGUUGAUGGGUUUCGAUCCGGACUUGCCGAUCGCAAAGUAAGUCAACCGAAAACGAAGUGGUCGCCUGAGCCGCUGCGUUGUACUGACGUGGGAUGAUUUUGUCGCCUUGUAGGGACAUGAAGGCGAAAGGGGUCAAGAGUCUGUUGUUUGAGAUCCGCUUUGGCGAUAGCUACCCUCUCUCGCCACCCUUCUUCCGAAUCGUUCACCCUCGCUUCUUGCCCUUCAUUCAUGGAGGUGGCGGUCACGUCACUGGCGGAGGCAGUAUCUGCAUGGAUCGUGAGUCGAACGUUCUAGCCUGACGGCGUCUGCCAUUGUUUCUGAUUCGCUGAUGGCUUCUCUUGCACUUGCGCAGUCUUGACCUCGACAGGAUGGUCGCCAAUCUACCAAAUGGAGGCAGUCCUCUUGCAGAUCCGAAUGGCCAUGUGGGUUUAAGUGGGGACGGCGCCAACGAAUCUUGAAGCUGAACUUAUUCCGUCCCCUUCCCGACAGCUCCAACCUCGAACCACGUCCGGCUCGCCUCGACCCUCAUCAUUGGGACAAGAGCUAUACGAUCCAAGAAGCCGUGGAUGGCUUCAAACGUGCUGCAGCGACACAUGGCUGGACUGUUCCCGACGAUUUUGCGGUCAUCACUCGUGCCGGCUGA